AUGCGUGACUUCUUAACCACAAGCACCAAUAUAAUUGCACGGGACGGACUUUGGCAGCCCGCCCCCCGGCACCUUAUCCAGAGCUUAUCCAUCCUCAUAAUCACGCAUUUCCAUCGUACGGAGUACCUUGCUAUAUCCUUCCCAGCCUUAUUAGCCGCAAGGUUCCUAAACCUCGCGAACUCGGUCUUCGUAGAGAGCACCUACCUUUUUCUCUCGCCCACCUCAGCACCAGACCACCGCCCUUCUCCCAGUUCAAUUCUCACGUCGCCUCGGUACCUCUCCCACCGUGAUACCGUCACCAUCUCUUCCACACCACACACUCCCACACACACACACACACACACACACACACACACACACACACACACACACACACCCGACGCACACACGCACACGCACAUCGGCACAGCGUGUACGCCCACACAUUACAGUGUCUAUCUUCCCCAUCCCUUGCGCUUGACGCCGCUGUCAGUCGGGUACCCUCGCACUGCUCCAAACGGCCUGCAUAUGCGAGAGAUGGCUGCAUCCUUCCUCCGCCUACCUUGCACGUACAUAUUGCGGUACAGCCUGGCUACGCACACAAUCUCUCUCUCUCUCUCUCUCUGCCUGGUCCAAGCCAAGGGUUGGGGGAACGGCAGGCAACCCCAUCCACACCCCCCUGUUACGGGCAUAGAGACAGACGCAGACGCCCCCCUUCACUUGGUUGCUGUCGCAAUUCGACUCUCACACCUUGACCCCUGA